AUGACGAGAAGGGACUACAGUUGCAGGUGGAGUCACAUGGAGUCUGGAAGUAGUAGUGGUGCUCAUGGUGUAUCUCAAGUCCAAUGUACAUCGAGGUUCGACGUGUGGUGGAGAACAUUCGCCAAGGUGGAGUUUGUUAGAGUUGUGUCGAAUAUUAUUGUACAAGCAAACCUUUGGAACGACGGGUCAACCGCCCAGGGACGUACCGGACCAAGACGGGCCCGUCUCUUCGAUUCGAUCCAUAGCUCGCCCUCUACUACCAGCAAGCUCUUCUUCUCCUCCGCCGACAACUCACACGAGCCCCGCCGUUUCCAGUUCGAGUCGUCCCGGACGAUUCAGUCCUCCACCGACAACCGCGCCACUGCGACGCUCGAGACGGAGACGGCGUACGACCGCGAUGCGCGCGCCAUCCGCGAGCGGCAGCUCAAGCAGGCUGAGGAGUCCCUCAAGAAGAACCCCUCUGCGUCCUCCUCCUCCGGGGAGCUCUACAAGGGGAUCCACGGCUACACAGAUCACAAGGCCGGCUUCCGGCGGGAGCACACGGUCUCCGGAGAGAAGGCUGGCGGCGCGCACGGCCCCCUGCGGGCGUCAGCGCACAUACGCCUCUCGACGCGGUUUGACUACCAACCAGACAUCUGCAAGGAUUAUAAGGAGACCGGCUAUUGUGGCUACGGCGAUUCCUGCAAGUUCAUGCACGACAGAGGUGACUACAAGUCUGGGUGGCAGCUCGAGAGGGAGUGGGAUGAGGCCGAGAAAGCCCGCAAACGCCGCAUAGCGAUGCGUGAGUUGGAUGGUAGUGAUGCCGAGGCAGAGGAGGAGGACAGCGACGACGAUGAGGCACUGCCCUUUGCCUGCUUCAUAUGCAGGGAGCCCUUUGUUGACCCGGUGGUCACAAAGUGCAAGCAUUAUUUCUGCGAGCAUUGCGCAUUAAAGCAUCACUCGAAGAACAAGAAGUGCUUCGUCUGCAAUAAACCGACGCUUGGCAUCUUCAAUGCGGCACAGGAGAUCCGGAAGAAGAUUGCCCAGGACAAGAAGCAGCAGGACCUUUGA